UGUCAGGUGGAACUUUAAGAAGUGCGGCCGGCCUGCUCUGCGCUCCCAUGCCGAGAUUUUAGCCCUUGUUCCACCUGUGUUUCAUCCUCCGGAAUGUGUGUCCGGUGCUGAACCCCGAGCAGUGAUCUUCUACAGGCCUCAUCAGACAUGGAGAACGGAGGGUCUGAAAACAUCCUGGAUGAUGAGGAGGCCCUGUGGGGCAAUGUGGAGAAGAACCGGUACAUUCUAUGCCGCUAUAUUAACCCUUGCAAGCUGACAUCUUAUCUGAGGCAGUGCAAGGUCAUCGACGAACAGGAUGAGGAUGAGGUGCUGCACUCCUUGCUUCUUGAGACAAAGCCCAACCGAGCAGGACGACUGUUGGACAUCCUUCACACCAAAGGCGAGAGAGGCUAUGUAGUAUUUCUGGAGAGCCUGGAGUUGUACUACCCUGACCUAUACAAAAUGGUCACGGGAAAGGAGCCCACUCGCAGGUGCUCUUCUAUAGUGGUGGAAGAGGGCCACGAGGGUCUGACCCAGUUCCUGAUGAAUGAGGUGAUGAAGUUGCAGCAGCAGGCCAAAGCCAAAGAUGUUCAACGUGUAGACAUCAUGGCCAAGAACCGGACGCUGGAAGACGAGCACAAGAAGCUUCGGCUGGCCAACCAAGAGCUUCGCACCUUCCAGGAACGCUAUAACAAGAUGAAGGAGGAGCGGAACAACUGUAAUGAUGAACUCAUUAAGGUGAAGGACGAAAACUACCAGCUGGCCAUGCGUUAUGCCCAGCUCAGUGAGGAGAAAAACAUGGCAGUCAUGAGGAGCCGAGACCUACAGCUGGAGAUUGACCAGCUGAAGCACAAGCUGAAUAAGGUAGAGGAAGAGUGUAAAAUGGAGAGGAGGCAGUCUCUGAAACUGAAGAACGAUAUCGAGAACCGGCCACGCAAAGAGCAGAUCUAUGAGCUGGAGCGAGAAAAUGAAGUUUUGAAGAUCAAACUCCAAGAGCUGCAGUCUAUCUUACAGCCUGGACCGCUGACUGACUCAGACAAGGCCCUGCGUGACAUUUUGGAGCAUGACCGUCAGGAGGCCCUAGAGGAUCGUCAGGAGUUGGUCAACAGACUUUAUAACUUGCAUGAAGAAGUGCGGCAGACUGAGGAGCUCAGGGACAAGUACCUCGAGGAGAAGGAGGACCUUGAACUGAAGUGUUCUACUCUGGUGAAGGAUUGUGAGAUGUAUAAGAAUCGUAUGAACACCAUCAUGGUCCAGCUGGAGGAGGUGGAACGUGAGCGGGACCAGGCAUUUAAGUCAAGGGACGAAGCCCAGAAUCAGGUGUCUCAGUGUCUGAUUGACAAAGACAAGUACCGUAAGCAGAUACGGGAGCUGGAGGAGAAGACUGAUGAACUGCACAUUGAGAUAAUGCGUAAAGAAGCUAAAAUAGUCACCUUGGAGUCCAAACUGAGGCGUCUGUCUAAAGAACAUGGCUUUGAUAUGACCCAGAGUUUGCCUCGAGAUGUUCCUCACACUAUCAUAUGCCAGCUCCAAGACACCAAGACGGAGGGGCCGUCUGAGGACUCCGGGGAGGAGAUUUCAGAAGAAAUGUUCCUUCCCCGGUUUAAACGCAGACCAAACAUUAAAGGGUUCCCAUACCCCCCCCAGAUAAGAGCAAAAUCACCAAUCUCUCCACCCAAAUCUUUGGAUUUCCAAGCUGCGCCACAUACCAAUGGGGACUUGUCAGAUGUUGUGAGUGCUGACACCGCCACUAUGACGAACUCACCCUUUGGCCCCCGUUACCGGAAUGACAGCAUCAUGUCCACAGCUGCUGAGCCUCCGGAGAAGGCUUCCAUUCUCAGGAGGACUAAAGAAGGAGACCAUGAAUUUCUGCCCAGAUGCCUUGAUUCGACGGACUCUGAUAGUGGAGACAACAUGGACUUGGAUGAUACAGACACAGUCUCUUAUGGCCCUCCAUCCAUCCACUCCUCCUCAUCUUCCCAUCAGUCUGAGGGCAUGGACUCCUACGACCUGGAGCAAGUCAACAACAUUUUCAGGAAAUUUUCACUGGAGAGACCGUUCCGACCGUCCCUCACCUCCUGUGCACGUUCCAGUACGUUGCGCCCAGUGCAAGACCUCUCUCUCCCUGGAGACUCUCUCCUGUCAGACAUUACUCUUGUCGGGGGCAAUGACAGUGGUAUAUUUGUGUCCUCAGUCCAUCCUGGAUCCAGCGCAGAGAAGGCUGGCCUGAGAGUGGGACACCACCUUUUAAUGCUAAAGGGCUGCAUCCGAGGUGAGACCCAGAAUGUGCCUCUGGAUACAUGCACUCAGGAAGAGGCUCACUGGACGUUGCAGAGAUGCACUGGGCAGGUUCAGCUGCAUUACAGAUGUAACUAUGAGGGCUAUAGGCGGCUGCAGAAAGACAUAGAUGAUGGCAGAGUGGUGUCUGGUGACUCGUUUUACAUCCGGGUCAACCUGAACGUUUCAUGCCAGUUGGACAGCUGCUCCUUGAAUGUGCGCUGUGAUGAGGUGCUCCACGUGUUGGACACCAGGCACCAAGGCAAGUGUGAAUGGCUGUGUGCCCGUGUGGACACCCUGACUGACAAAGACAUGGAUAAGGGCACCAUACCCAGCUACAGCAGGGCCCAGCAACUUCUCUUAGUGAAGAUCCAGAAGUUGAUGUGUCGUGGAGGCCGAGAAGAGGCUGAGAGUCUGCGGGGAUUGAGGACCACUUUGCAACCUGAGGAAUCCACUCCAUUACAAGACCCCAAGUCUAGCCCACGCCUCUCCAGAGCUAGCAUCUUCAUCUGCCAGAUCCUCCAGUUUGUCAGCAGGGCUGACAACAAGUACAAGAGGAUGGACAGCAAUGACCGCGUCCGCAUUGUCAAUGGAGGCAAUGCGUCAUCUCUUCCCAGAGCUGGCUUUGAAACCAUAAAGCCUGAGGACUCCUCAGACUCGGAAAGUGACCUGAACAAGAGUGAUCUGAACCUUAUUCCGUACAGUCCGGUGACCCCACACCACUGCCCACGUAAACGUCCCGUGCUCUUCUCCCCUAACAUUUUGGCCAAGACCAUUGUCCAGAAAUUCCUCAACUCUGGGGGUGCCAUGGAGUUCAACAUCUGUAAACCAGACAUCCUGACAAAAGAUGAAUUCCUCAUGAAGCAGAAGAUCGAGCCCAUCAUCUUCUCUAAAGAAAAGCAAGCAAACACAUACGAGUGCGUCACCUCUGAAAACAUCGAAGCCGUUGCCUUUAAGAAUAAACACUGUCUCCUGGAAGCUGAACUGAGCUGUGUGAAAGACUUGCUGAGGAGAGAAAUCUACCCCAUUAUUAUAUUCAUCAAAAUCUGCGAAAGGAACAUCAAGAAAUUAAAGAGGCUGCCGCUGAAGGUGGACUCGGAGGAGGAUUUCCUGAAGAUGUGCCGUGCUAAGGAGAAAGAGCUGGAGGCUCUGCCGUGCCUUUAUGCCACCGUGGAACCCGACUCCUGGAGUGGAGUGGAGGACCUUAUCAGGGUCAUUAAGGAAAAGAUCAUUGAAGAGCAGAAGAAAACGGUCUGGGUGGAGCAGGACAUGUUGUAGGUGACCUGAUGUGACCGUAGCUGAGAGGACAGAUGCACCAUGCUUUUAGCACUCCUAUAGGCAUGUCUCACACUGAAACUGACUGUGUUUCCACCACAGCUGGAAUGUAUGUACAUGCCACUGCUAUGAUAAAAGGAAGUGACACUGAGGUUACAAGGUACGUGGUAAAGAUGGGGCCCAGGAAUGUUGUCCCAUUGUGGCAGUAGUCACGUGCAGAAGCAGAAGCCUUCACAUCUGGAGCCUUUUUAUCUGUUGUCCUCUAGAAGUGCUGCCGCUGUCAGUAAAACAGUAGUUUGCCCACAUUCAGUCUGUAAUACCCAAUAAGCCACAGUCCAUUGCACUUUAUUGGGUUCCAUCCGUUGUGUUCCUUCCCUGAAUCCUCACUGCAGUUAUCAUACAUCAUUCUGAGCAACCACAAACAAGAUUAAUGUUGAUAACUGUAAAUUGAAUUUGAUGCCCUUAUCGUUGCAUUUUUAAAAAUAUGGAGUAGAACCCUUGAUGAAACAGAUUUAUUUUUACUGUAUAUUUGUGCUCCUAGUAUAUUUAUUUUUUGGCCAACCUGCAGUACACUAUUUACAAAAAGGAUGUAUUGUUUCUUUAGCGUUAGUGUGUACAGCUGAUAUGUAGGCAGACGACUUCUCAAUGCUGAUUGCACUUACUACAAAUAUGUGUGCUAGUAAAUUGAAUAGUAAAGUUGGAAGCAUACGGCAUUAAUUUGACUGUAUGAUUGUGUGAGUGAAUGGUAUAUGUGAGACAUUUUUCUAGGGCUGGAACUGUUAAAACAGUCUGUCGAAUGUCAACGGCAAAGUGGGAACUGUCAACAAGAAGUAUAUUUGGCUCUGAAAGCAAAAUGGUCUCUCAUAUAUGAAAAUAAGUGGUCUUGCGUCAGCUCUCUCUUCUGAAGAAUAUAUGUAAAUACUAUAUAUAUAUAUAUAUAUAUAU